GGGGAGAUCAACAAUUUAUCAAAACAUAUGUAUGAAGGAACGUGUGAAAAAGAAACAGAAAACAAGACUUCUUUAUAUUUUUAUUUAUGUGUUGAAAUAUAUUAUUUGUAAUAUUUAAUCAGUAUUGUACAUACAUUUAUAUUACAGCCCAAAACAUGUCCAAUAAAUUCGAAACUAUUUGCAGGUUAAAGGCUAAUGAAGAAAGUGGAGAUGAUGAAAUACAAUCAAAAGAUAAUCAAAAAGUUGAAAAAGAUUCGCUACCUCCCAUAGAAAUUAGUCCAAAUGAGCACAAAUUGCAGUAUGCAUAUGCUUUAUGGUACAGUCGACGUACUCCUGGUAUACAACCAAGUAUACAAAGUUAUGACCAAAAUUUAAAAUUAGUUGGUAGGUUUGCAAGUGUGGAACAAUUUUGGAGUCUCUACAGUCACUUAGUCCGACCAUCAGAAUUAACAACACAUACAGAUUUUCAUCUUUUCAAAGUUGGCAUAAAACCAAUGUGGGAAGAUGAAGCAAACCAGAAAGGUGGAAAAUGGAUAGUAAGACUACGAAAAGGUUUAGUGUCUAGGUGUUGGGAGAACCUUAUUUUAGCUAUGUUAGGUGAACAAUUCAUGGUUGGAGAAGAAAUAUGUGGAGCUGUUGUAUCUAUAAGGUUUCAAGAAGAUAUAAUAUGUGUAUGGAAUAAGACUGCAUCUGAUUAUGCAACAACAGCACGUAUUAGGGAUACACUAAGGAGAGUACUACAUCUUCCAGCAAGUGCCUCAAUGGAAUAUAAAACUCACAAUGAAAGUUUGAAGAACGUUCAUCGGCUCUAAUUUGUCAUGACGCAAACUUAGAAGUUUGAGUUUUUCAUGGACGAAUUUCUAGCCAAUUGAUACUUAUGAGAAGAUGAUACUUAUUAGGAAAAAAAUAUUUUACAACUAAAAAACUUGAAUGGACAUCUUAUUCGGUAAAACAUUUUAUUCACAAAUGUCUCAUUGUAACUUAUGUAAAUAAUCAAUUCACGUUAAUAAUAAAAGAAUUCUUGUUUCCAAAA